UCAGUUGCAGGGAAUCAUUAUACAUAAAGAUUUUUCUUUAUGAAUUCUCAUACCCAUGUGGGAGAAUGUGAUGUCCUUGGCUGAUAUAAGCCGGUGCCAGUGUCACAAUGGCUGCUAUAAGGAACCUAUUUAUUUUUAGGGCUUUGAAGAGGACUGGUGAAACAACCUGAACAGUGGGCAUUCCUUUAAUGAAGAAGGAAAUCACUUUAAACAACUGCUUUGCAAUGGAUUGUCUAAAGACAGCAUCUAAUAAAUAGAGAAGUCAGGAUUUAGGAUUGGAUGCCCUAUAUGAAAGGAUCCCUACCCUGCUGAGAGUAUGCCAAGACUUGCAUGAAUAUUUUGCUAAAAAUGUGGAGAAGGAGAAAACAGAGAGAUUUGUCAGCCCCAGUAUUAAGAGCACAAUGGAGAGAACGGAAUGCAGCUCUGAGAAAAGCAAGGAGAGAAGACCAGCUCAUCAGUAAGAGACUGUUACAGGAUAUUACUGAAGACGAUGUGGAAGGCAGUGAUGAUCAUAUGCUUGUGGAAGAUGCCCAGUCACAUUUAAUGUCUGAGGAGCAGGUUGCACAGCUAAUCGAGGAUCUCCAGCGCGAUCCAGAACAGAUGAUUACACCUCUUACUGCUCUUCGACACAGUCUCCGUAGAAAUGAUAUGCGUCUACUGUUUACCAGGGUGAAAGACAGCAUAAGGGUUUUGGUUGCACAGUUCACAUGCCCCUUUACGGAUAUCCAGAUGGAGGCAGCCAGGUGCUUGCAUGAACUGUCUCAUUCCAAUGAACCACAAAUCUCCAACGCAUGUCUCCCAGCAACACCGUACCUUCUUACAUAUCUAACAGGAAAUAGCCAACAAUUUACGGUUCUAUGCUUGUACACCUUGGGUAAUCUCAUUGUGGAUAGUGAAGAAGUGAGGAACCGGUUGCUUCUGCAAGGAGUCAUCCCAAUAUUUGCAAAAUGCACUCAGUCCCCACACAUGGAUGUACAGGAAGCCCUUGGCUAUGCACUUUCUCAGCUACUUCAGUCAAAAGAAGCACCUGAGAAGGUUAUUCCAAUGGCUGUAGAAUCUGGCCUAACACAAGAUAUUCUAAGAAUACUACUGUCCUGCUCUGAAGAGUGGCUUGGAGUGGCUAUUGAGAUGGCUUGGUGUCUUCAUUAUAUUGUUAGCAGUCACGUAAAUAAUGCAUUGCUGAUAUCACAGGGUAUGGUGUCCAAAUUAGUCCCGUUUCUAAUAGAAAAAUCUGCACUUAUUACAAAACAAGAAUGUUUGGAUCUUGAACUGCUGAUCUGCCCAGUGAUACGUUGUUUAGGAAACCUGCUUGGAGAAGUAGACUCGUCUGGUAUGAAGAUUGAGGUCCAAGAUGGCCGUCUCCUAAUAGCUUUGUUUGUGUUCAUACAACAUUUCAAGGAUGAACAUGCAUUUAUGGUACGGGAGUGUCUAUGGGCCCUUAACAAUCUUACAGCUCAAGAUCCUGUUUGGACCUCAGCAUUACUAAACUUCAACUUAUUGCCUGCCCUGCUACAGCUGCUGACCCAUUCAAAAGAUGUCUUUCUCAUAGUUACCAGAAUUUUGUAUAACACCGCAGACUUGGGACCUGCUUAUUGUCAGCAACUUAGGGAAAAUGACAUUCUGCCAUGUUUAAUCCCAGCUCUGCGUGAUGAUGACAUACAAGUGGCUAAAUUAAGCCUAGAAUUGCUGAACAAGCUUUUAACAUAUUGUCCAGAUGCUGUUGGAGACUUUUUUCAAAACUCUGGUCUGCAGAUUCUUGAGUUACAUAAGGAUAAGCCUGAUCUUCAGCAGCAAGUUCAAGCAGUCUGGAACAAAUAUCAAGAACUGAUGAAAGAAACCUGUGGCCCUCCCAGCACAGACUGAUGAACAGAAAUCAUAUGAAAUUGAGAACUACCAUUGGUUUUAUGGAUACGUUAAUAUUUAUCUUUCUAAUAAAACAAGGCUGAAUUGCA